ACGUACAAGUUACAUAAUCGAAGACGAAAUUUUCUCUUUCACAGACCCCUAACCACAAUUUUGCCCACUUUCUCGCCGACGGGAGCUGCCUCGACUGCCUUCUCCGCCAAAUCCCUCUUCUCUCCGGCAACCCCUCGUUUUGAGAUCUCAGAAAGGCGCUCGUCCACUCAUCGCAGUCGCCGCCGGGUUUGUGGCCGCCAAGUUGACGCAGAAGAUCUUCGUCAUACCUGCCCAGAGGCGCGGAUGCCAUCUCAUCACUGCCAAGUGCAGCAUACAAGAGCUUCAUUCACCAUAAACGAGAAUUGUGCCUCUGAUGUCCAAGAUGACACUGAAACAUUUGCUGAAUCGGAUUGUACCAGAGGUGGCUUUCAAGGAUCCUUCAAGGUCGGUCUGCACCUUGGAAGCACACAUUGGAAGUGCAAAUCCACCAUGUCGCCUUGCAUACGUUGUUGCUGCUGGACGAAGCCCCCCCAUGAUUUACCUCCCUUUCAAACAGUGGGAGCUAUCUUGGAGGGACCGCCAAGGAUUCCCAUUACUGAUGGUCGUCUCAACAUGGGAACUUGGCAGGGAAUAUGGCUCUGUGAACAUAGGGAUCAUACAACUCACAAAAUUGUGAUCGCUCUUAAUGGCAUGUAGUUUACAUAAAAACCAUGCAACAACUCAGAAUUAUCAUCAGAAUUCUCAAUGAUAUGCAAUUUCACUGUUAAAGAAUUGGAAUGUUUUGCUGGAAUGUCUCAACUAGAUUUGUGGAUUGAUUUGCGAGUAAACAUUUGUUGUCACCUAAUCAGUUUCCUACGCUAGAAAGAUCCAUGGAAGAAAAGGGUGAGGGAAAAAGCUUCUUGACCUUUUUAUUGUUUACUGGGUGGAAUGGCAUAGUUUUCAAACUGUUUGUCCAUUCUUCUAUGUAAAGAAUCACACAUUAGGAAAAUCUUUUAUCCAUUCCCUCCAUUUUUUUUUCUCAUGUCUGUUUCUUAGCUUUAAUACAAAUCAAUUCAUACAAUCAA